AUGCCAGUUAUAAACAACAGUCAACGAGACAAGCGUGCCUCUUCCUACCGCCGAGCGUUCGGUGGUCAAACCUCCUUCUCUGCCGGAAAAGGCGGAGGUGAUAUUGCAACGAUGUCACAUGACGAUAUCCAGCUCAUGUACGCUGCCGGUCGACAAAUCAACGAAAAAGAAACAAUGGGCAAUUUGAACAACCGAUUCGCCAACUACAUCGAAAAAGUCCGCUACCUCGAGGAACAGAACAAAAUUCUAGAGCUCAAGAUCAAGCAGGCCUCGAAGCGACAGUCGGAAAUCGAGAAAAACGAAGAAAAGGGCGAUGAAAUCAAAAGCUUCAGAAUCAACAUCGAUGAUAUCACGAUGAUCAAAGUCAGAUUGCAAGUCGAAAGAGACAAUUUGAAGGGAGACGCGGUCGAAUUGACCCGAAAACUCGAAGACGAAAACGCUCUGCGAAACGACCUGGACGACGAGCUCCAGCGACUCAGAAAAGACGUCGACGAUGCAACUAUGGUCAGAGUCGAUCUUGAGCGAAAAAUCGAAACUCUUCGCGAAGAACUCGAAUACAACAGAAAAGUGCACUCGGAAGAGAUUGAAGACUUGAAGGAGCAGAUUGCUUCGCAAGGAAUCAACGUCGAAGUCGACGGAAUCACGCCGGAUAUGAACGAAAUUCUCAGAGAUAUUCGAAACGAAUACGAGCAGAUUGCGAUCAAAAACAGGGACGAGGCAGAAGAAUGGUACAAGAAAAAGUGCGAAGAACUCGAAGAAAAAUCACGAAAUACUCAAACCGAGCUCGAAAAAGUCAACAUGGAAAUCAACGAGUACAGAAAACAAGUCACCCAGCUCGAGAUGGAGCUUGAAUCGCUCAGAGGAACUAACGAUUAUCUCGAGCGAAAUCUUGCCGAUACGGAGAAGCGAUCAGAAAUCGAAAUCAACAGCUACCAGCAGCGGGUUAAUCGUCUUCAAGCCGAGUUGGAUCGAUCUACGGCCGAUAUGAAGAAGCAUUUGGCGGAGUACAAGAACUUGAUGAAUGUCAAACAAUCUCUUGAAAAGGAAAUCGAUACGUACAGAAAUCUCCUGGAAGGCGAAGAAGGUAGAUUAUCUACUCUUGGUUCUGGAACUGACGAUAACGAGUCUGAUUCAAGUGAGUCUCAAAAAGUCGAAGUGAAAAAACACAGAGUGGUAAUUAAAACUAAAGACGCGGGAAAAGCGGAAGCUAAAGAAGAAUCUUCUUCAAGCGAGGAAGAGACCUCUAGCGACGAUGAUGACAGCUCUUCCGACGAUGAUUCAUCAGAAUAA